AUGCAGCUUAGCAGAACUGACAGCCUCCACACAUUUUGUAUGCUGCUCACCUGGGGCCCCCUAUCCCGUGCUUCUGUUCCGAGGUCAGAUCCAGAGACGCACCAGUACUGGGUUCAAAAGGUGAAAGAUGCUCACCGCUUGUCUCCGGAUCUCAAGCAGAAGUGGUGGGAACAUUGCGACAAGCAGAGUGGAGGAUUUAGAGAUCCGCAUCGCCACUCGGUGAAGUCCAUCCAGACAUUCUUCGAAUUCUAUGCGGCCGAUUAUGGCAACUUGCCUCCUGCUGCAGAUUCACAGAAGAACGACGAGGGUGCCGCCCUGGCAGCUUUGUCACCCACGGUCACAGCCAUCACCUUCAAUGGGCAGAGGGCCUACGUUGUCGAGUUCGCUUCGCCGGUGCAGCCCCAGGCGUGCUUCGCGAUGGCGCCUGCGCCGAUGGGCGUCCAGCAAGUCUUUUUCAACUCGCUGCCAAUGUCGCAGAUGGCCAACCAGGCGUACCAGCCGGGCAGGCUGUUCGUCAGCGCUCGCGGACGCCUCCAGCAGAAGGGGGAAAAGACGUAG